AUGUUCAACAGCAGUCAAUUCACCCCAAAGUAUUUUCUGCUGACUGGUCUCCCUGGUCUGGAGGCACUGUACCCCUGGUUCAUCUUUCCAUUCUGCUCCAUAUAUCUUGUAGCCCUUGUGGGCAAUAGCCUCAUCCUGGCUGUGAUCAAGAAAAACAUCUCUCUGCACCAGCCGAUGUACCUGUUCCUUGCUAUGUUGGCCUUUGCAGAGCUUGGUGUCUCUGUGUCUACACUGCCCACUGUGCUGGGCAUCUUCCUUUUUGGUGCCAAGCAGAUCUUCUUUGAAGCCUGCCUUUUGCAGAUGUUCUCCAUACAUUCAUUUUCCAUCAUGGAGUCAGGGGUUCUGCUGGCCAUGUCUGUGGAUCGCUUUGUGGCCAUCUACAGUCCACUGCAGUACACUGCCAUCCUGACCCUGCCCCGCAUUGCUGGUACAGGUGCUGCUCUUGGACUGAAGAGUGUGAUGCUCAUGUUCCCACUGCCCUUUCUCCUGCAGCGUCUGCCCUUCUGUGGCCACAACACCCUCUCUCACUCCUAUUGUCUGCACUCAGAUCUGAUCCAGCUGCCCUGUGGGGACACUCGUCCCAAUAGCAUACUGGGGCUGUGCAUCGUCACUUCCACCUUUGGGCUGGACUCACUGCUCAUCGUCGUCUCUUAUGUGCUGAUCCUCUACACAGUGCUGGGCAUUACCUCUGGCGAGGGUCGGCGGAAGGCACUCAACACGUGUAUGUCACAUAUCUGUGCAGUCCUCGUGUACUAUGUGCCCAUGAUCAGCGUAGCGCUGGUGCAUCGCUUCAUGAAGCAUGUUGCACCUGCUGUCCGCCUACUCCUGGCCAAUGUCUAUCUUCUGGUGCCACCUGUGCUCAAUCCCAUCAUCUACAGUGUUAAGACCAAGCAGAUUCACCAGGCGUUGAUCCAACUCUUUCUUAAAAGAAAAUAUUAA